AUGGGCAUCGCGCAAUGGAUGAACGAAGUGCAGGCCGCCGGGCCUGUAGCCCAGAUCAUUGAUUUGUGGCAUACUCAUAGGACGUCAGUUCUCAUGACCACCUUUGGUGUGUUGUGCUUGGUUUAUUCAUACUUGCUCUACACCCAACCCCGAGAGUACUCGGUGGCGUUCAAGAAGAUCUACGAUGACUCCGUAAAGGAUGCGUCGACCUCUAAAUCGCAGGUGCUGGAUGAGAAACCAUCGGUGCCACUGCUGAAAGAGCCUGCCACAAAUGGGCCGAAGCGCAUCAAGGGUGAACUUCGCAAGCCUGAAGUAAAGCGAUCAGAAUCUCGCUCCGACGAGCCCCGUCGGGUUCAGCCUCUAGUCUUCUUUUCGUCACUGACAGGCAAUACCGAGAGUAUCGUUAAAGAGUUUGGCAAGUCUCUGGAGGCCGUAUUCAAGCAGGAUGCAUCUGAAGACACCAGAAUCCUGACGCCCAUGAUUUUGGACCUUACCGAAAUUGACUACGACGAGUACUUCAUAACACCACCCAAGGCAACAGAAGGGGGUGAUGCUGUGGACUAUGUUUAUCUGCUCAUCAUCCCGAGUUACAAUAUCGAUACCAUGAACGACAUUUUCUUGGAACACUUACAAGAGACGCACAAUGACUUCAGGAUAGAUACUGCGCCUUUGUCGGGACUUGUUGGUUAUUCGGUGUUUGGCCUCGGAGAUCGCGAAGGGUGGCCCACCGAAGAGGAAGGUUUCUGUUUCCAGGCAAAGGAGGUUGAUAAGUGGAUGGCGAAAUUGACAAGCCGGAAAAGAGCCUUCCCACUUGGUAUGGCAGACACAAAACGCGAGCUGAAAGAGAGACUGGAUGAGUGGACCCAGGGUGUAGGAGAUGUGCUCAGUACAGUUGCGAAGACCGGGGGCCUGGGCGAAGGAGUACCUGGAAGCGGAGAUGCCGUUGAGAGUGACGACGAAUCCGUGUCUGGAGAUGACGACGGCGAGGUCCUCUUCGAAGACCAGACAGUUGAGAUCAACCGGCCAAAGAAGAAAACCACCGGCAACCUUGAGGAUGUUGAGGAUCUUGGUAGGAUCAUGAAGUCCUCCGGUGGUGGUCAAGCGCCCAUCGCAGUCGACUUCACAACCUACAGCAGACCCGCGAAGAAGUCCGCGACGCAGACCGUAAAAGAGAUGGUACCGAAGAGCUCGCCAACAUACAACUCCCUGACCAAGCAGGGCUACCAAAUCGUUGGUUCGCAUUCAGGGGUAAAGAUUUGUCGUUGGACGAAAUCCGCGCUUCGUGGCCGUGGCUCGUGCUACAAAUAUUCCUUUUAUGGAAUCGCGUCGCACCAGUGCAUGGAAACUACGCCCUCACUCUCUUGCAGCAACAAGUGUGUCUUCUGCUGGCGACACGGCACCAACCCCGUUGGCACAACCUGGCGCUGGGUCGUUGACCCGCCCGAGUUGAUCUUUAAUGGCGUCAAGGAGGGCCAUUACAAGAAGAUCAAGAUGAUGCGCGGCGUACCUGGUGUUCGAGCUGAGCGCUUCGCCGAAGCGAUGCGCAUCCGCCACUGCGCGCUCAGUCUCGUUGGUGAGCCCAUUUUCUAUCCUCACAUCAACGAGUUCUUGGCCAUGAUUCACAAGGAACAUAUAUCCUCUUUCCUGGUGUGCAACGCGCAGCACCCAGACGAGCUCGCGGCCCUGAAGGCCGUGACUCAGCUCUACGUGUCUAUCGACGCGAGCAACAAGGAGUCGCUCCGCAAGAUUGACCGUCCACUACAUCGCGACUUCUGGGAACGUUUCCAACGGUGUCUCGAUAUCCUGCGAGAGAAGCGUUUCAAGCAGCGCACUGUCUUCCGCCUGACCUUGGUCAAGGGAUUCAACGUGGACGACGAGGUCGAGGGCUACGCCGACCUUGUCGAGCGCGGCCUGCCUUGCUUCGUCGAGGUCAAGGGCGUGACGUUCUGCGGCACCAGCACUUCUGCGGGCGCCGGUCUCACCAUGGCCAACGUGCCCUUCUACGCCGAGGUGCAGGAGUUCGUCGAGGCGCUGAGCCGAAAGCUCAACGAGCGAGGCUUGAAAUACGGCCUCGCGGCUGAGCAUGCCCACAGUUGCUGCGUUCUGAUUGCUAGUGAACGCUUCAACAAGGAUGGCAAGUGGCACACUCGCAUCGACUACAAGCGCUUCUUUGAGCUGUUGGAGGAACGGGGCGCGGAUGGUGACUGGAAGCCCGAGGACUACAUGGGCGAAGCAACACCGGAGUGGGCUACUUGGGGCAACGGUGGAUUUGACCCUAGGGAUCAAAGGGUGGACAGAAAGGGGCGGCCUAUAGAGAGAUAG